AAAAAAAAAAAAAGAAAGGGGGGAGAAGAGAGAGAGAGAGGGCCGUUUCCCCUCCGAGGCUCCCUAAGCCCCAUCAUUAGUAGAUCUCUCUCUCUCUCUCUCCUUUCUUUUCAUACACAAAACACAGACUCACAAACAAGACGGGAUAGACAGGGAGAGAGGGGAAAACCGGAAAAGCAGGAGAGCCAAUUCUCAAUUUUUCUUUCUCUUUCUUUCUCUCUGUCUGUCUUCGCUCCCUUUUCUGUUUCUCCUCCUCCCAACCAGGGCCUCAACAACCAAGGAACAAGGAGCAAAAUUUUGAAAGGAAAAAAAAAGGAACAGUCAUGGGCUGCUGUGAAUCCUCUCUCCUUACCGAAGCUGACCCGGAUAAAGAGAAAAAGCAGAAUCAGCACAACCAAAACCCGCCCUUCAACCACCCUCCUCCCUCCGCCGACGAUGGUCCUGCAGGAGCUGCCGCUGGUGGCGUUCCUCCUUUCUCGGAGUUCUCUCUUUCCGACCUUAGAGCCGCCACCAAUAACUUCAGCUCCGACAACAUCGUCUCAGAGAGCGGCGAAAAGGCCCCUAAUCUCGUCUACAAGGGUCGCCUCCAGAAUCGACAAUGGAUCGCUGUCAAGAAAUUCACCAAGACGGCCUGGCCCGAUCCCAAGCAGUUUGCUGAUGAAGCAUUGGGUGUGGGAAAGUUGCGGCAUCAAAGGAUUGCAAAUUUGAUCGGUUACUGCUGCGACGGUGAUGAGAGGCUGCUUGUUGCAGAGUAUAUGCCCAACGAUACCCUCGCUAAGCAUCUAUUCCACUGGGAAAAUCAAACCAUUGAGUGGGCCAUGCGCUUAAGAGUUGCUUUAUAUAUUGCUGAAGCUUUAGAAUAUUGCAGUACUGAAGGCCGGCCUCUGUAUCAUGACUUGAAUGCUUAUAGAGUCCUCUUUGAUGAGGAUGGUGAUCCUCGGCUUUCUUGUUUUGGACUUAUGAAAAAUAGCAGGGAUGGGAAAAGUUAUAGUACAAAUCUUGCUUACACUCCUCCGGAGUACCUACGAAAUGGGAGGGUCACUCCUGAAAGUGUUGUCUUCAGUUUUGGUACAGUCCUCUUGGAUCUUCUUAGUGGAAAGCACAUCCCUCCAAGUCAUGCACUUGAUAUGAUACGAGGUAAAAGCAUACUUCUCUUAAUGGAUUCACAUUUAGAGGGAAACUUUUCCACAGAAGAAGCAACAGAAGUCAUUGGCCUUGCCUCUCGAUGUUUGCAAUAUGAACCUAGGGAGCGGCCCAAUACAAAGAACCUUGUUGCCACACUUUCUCCAUUAAAUACAAAACCCGAUGUGCCAUCUUAUGAAAUGAUGGGAAUACCAAAGCAGGAGGAGGCCCCCACUGCACCCCAACAUCCUCUCUCUCCAAUGGGAGAGGCCUGUUCACGCAUGGACCUUACAGCAAUCCAUCAGAUUUUAGUGAUGGCACACUAUAGAGAUGAUGAAGGAACCAAUGAGUUGUCCUUCCAAGAAUGGACACAACAAAUGCGAGAUAUGCUGGAGGCCAGGAAACGUGGGGACUUUGCAUUCCGUGAUAAGGAUUUUAAAACUGCCAUUGAUUGUUAUUCUCAGUUUAUAGACGCGGGAACAAUGAUUUCUCCAACUGUUUAUGCACGGCGGAGCCUAUGCUAUCUCCUUAGUGACCAACCAGAUGCUGCUCUACGAGAUGCAAUGCAAGCACAAUGUGUUUAUCCAGAUUGGCCCACGGCCUUCUACAUGCAGGCAGUUGCCCUGGCGAAGCUUGACAUGCACAAAGAUGCAGCUGACAUGUUAAACGAGGCUGCGGGACUAGAAAAGAGGCAAAGAAGAUGAGAGGCAAUGAUCCAUGAGAAUGAGAUUCGAGUUCGACCAUAUUCAUAUUUAUGAUAAUGCAUUCACCAUGCAGUUGUUGAUAGGAAGGAGCACACCGAGCAUGUGUAAUCAAAUCAAUCAAUCCAGUUGGGAAGUUGGCUUCUCAACCCAAAAGAAAAAAUGUGAGGGGAACCCAAGUUUUUUUCUUUAUAUAUCAAUGCAUGUUCCUUUUUUCUUCA